UGACAAGCAGUUUACUUAGAGCUCUUUAUCUAGAAGCAACUGAUGUCAAAGAGGAUUUGGUUUAUUUCUGCUUGAGCUGAAUGUGCAAACUAUAGAGGAAUGCAAGAGGCCGUUGUGAUUUGUCUCAAUAAGCAGACGAGAGAAGCGGUGGAUGAGACGCUGUGUGUUAGUGCUCGCAGGCCACCGCAGCUACUUCAGAGCUGUAACACUGAGCCAUGUCCUCCCCUGUAACACUGAGCCAACACCCGACCACGCGCCAAAUGCGGGUGGAUUUUGCAAUUGGCGGGUAACACUGUCAAUCUACCAGCCACAUUGGCGGGUAGCUAGUGCAAAUCAGUGAUGCGCGGGUCAUUGUAUAAACAACCCACUCCCGACCGACAUUUUCAACUAACGCGCCCGCAAUUGUUCAAAAUAGUUUUUAAACUCGACCGACUGACCGCGGCCCGAAUAUCAUUAAAAUAUUUUUGGAUGACUCGUAACCAGCACCCGCUCAUUUCUUAUCAACCUGCGCAUAUCACUGAUGCAAAUUGAGUGAUUCAUUGAGAGGAUGCGACUGCUGUUUCGCAACGUUCAUGCGAUUGGAAAGAAGAUGAGGCACUUCUCUGACUACGUUUGGAUGUGCGACACAAACGUUUCCCGUGCAAGUUUGAAUUUCUCUCCGUGAUUAUUGAAAUACAGCCCUUCACUCAUAAAACCUUUUUAAGCAUAAACGUUUCCCACGCAAGUUUGAAUUUCUCUCAGUAAGGACUAACGGACGGCCAUUAACUCAAAAAACCUUUUAAAGCGGAUAUGUCAAAGCACUGUGGUGGUGUUGUUGCUUUACUUUUCCUUAUUAAACUGUGCUACAAUGAAUGCUGUCCUGAACUAUGCCAGUGCUUCUCAGCUGCAACGGUCAUUUGCUCAGAUGACAGAAUGAAAGUUUUACCUGUAAACAUCUCCACACAAGUGAAAGAACUUAUCGUAGUGGCAUCUGGUGUCACACACGUGAAUGGAAGUUCCUUUAGAGAAAACCUUAAACUUAAUAAGCUGGUUAUUCUUAACUGCCUCUUAAAAGUGGUUUCAAGCAAUGCCUUUGAUCAGCUGACUGAGCUGCGGGAGCUUGAAAUCAGUGGAAACUCUCAUUUGUUUACAUUUGAAAUGGAGACCUUCAACAAGUUGGCUCACCUUACAAGACUUUUACUCAACAACAACAUGAUCAGUGUUUUGUACAAUGGCAUUUUUGACUGUUUACAGAGACUGGAAACAUUAAAGUUAAGGGGAAAUGGCUUGUCAUAUCUACCCAGUCUUCUUUUUCAAAAUCUUUACCAACUUCAGGAACUUGACUUGUCUUUUAACCACAUAGGCUCUCUGUCAGCUGAUAUAUUUCAUAACAACUCUGUUUUGAGGGUGUUUACCAUGCAGGGCAACAUGAUCUCAUACCUUCCAGUAGCCAUCUUUGCCCACCUAAAUAAUUUGGAGGAGCUGAAUUUCCAAAGCAAUCACAUAAUGAUUCUGAAUCCUGAAGCAUUUCCACCAAGUCUCCGGAAACUUGUUCUUAAAAAAAAUAGACUGGUCCAACUAUCCCCUGUGGGUUCUCAGAAACUACAACACCUUUUAUAUUUGGACUUGUCUCAAAAUAGUCUCUCUGAACUCCCUACGGAUUUCUUUCAGAACCUCAUCUCACUGAAAAAUCUGGACCUGUCUGAGAACCAGAUUGUUUUAUUGCAUAGUACUGUCUUCAAAGGACUAUUUAAUCUAAAAACAAUCAAUUUGCAGAGAAAUAACCUGAGCUUACUGGAAGGUAACUUGUUUAAGGAUCAGCAAGUCAUGGAGAAGUUGUACUUAUCUAUGAACAACUUGCGAAGUUUACCAUUCGGCUUUUUUGAUUACCUUGAUUUCCAGUGCAUAGUUCAACUCCAUGGGAAUCCCUGGCACUGUGACUGUGACAUACAGUAUUUCUUAGAUUGGCUGAGGUACAACCACAGAAAUGUGGAUGAUUUCAGUAAGGUUUACUGCAAUGAACCGGAGUUUAUUAAAGGGCACAGUCUGGUCUCUUUGGAUAAGGAAAUGCUUGUUUGUUCGAAAAAUUCUAGUUCUGAGUUGGAAGGUUCAGCUGCCGAUAUUGCUCAAAGUGUUACCAAAAUUCCCUCCAAUGAUUACAGCACGAUUCAGUGUUCAUUCCAGGAAUUCAAUGAUGCAACAUCCAUUAGGUGCAAAGUCACUAAAUGUACCAGCUUGAAGUUUCAGGCUGUUUUCGAAAAUGCAGAUGGAAAUAAAUCAGAAUGUGUAGUGAGCAAUGAGUGGCCAGCACCAACUGGAUGCUUAAAUGGGACCUUGUAGACAUAAUAAACAUGUGCUAAACAAAUAUUUUUAACACAAAGAAUAAUUCUGUAGUGACCUUUAAUUAAUUUACCAAAGUACAAUGCAUUUAUGAGACUAACAACAAAAUGUUUCAUCAAGCUAAAUGAUUUAUACCGUAUGAAAUAUAUAUAAAAUUAAUAACAAAUAAAUGUUAUUAGAAGUUAACAAGUAUUUAGUCUCUUUCAGUAUUAUUGGCAUGAAAAAACAGUGCUCUAACUCUGCACUUAUAAAAAAAUAUAUACUUUUCAGAAAUAUACAAUUUAAAUAUAAAUAUAUAAUUUACACUAAAAUGUACUUGACUUAAACAGACAGAAAAGUAUAUUUGGCUUGUGGGGUCAAAUUUUUGGACCAUACAAUGUAAAAACAAAAAGAAAAAGAAUAUAAAAAAAUAUUUGAUAAUUUUUAUGAUAAUAAAUGUCGAUUUUUUUUAUUUUUCUGGAUAACAUCGUCAUUGAAUUAUUGUCAUUUUCUCUAAUUUUCUUAAUUUUACUUUUACUCAUUUGUAAUUUAACAAAUGGAAACAAAAAAAAAACUAUGCGAUUUUUAUUUUUUAUAUUUAAAUUUUUCUGUUUGGGCUGUGGGUCGUACAUUAGCAGAGGGGUAUGAUACACAGUCUUUCAAUGACAUUUUACUGUAAUGAUAGUAAUAAGUGCACAUAUGAAUUGUCCACGGCCAGUCAGUAUUGUGAUUUAUCCAGAUCACUCUUUUAAAAGAUGGCCAGUAACACAUGCAAUUAUUUUGCUAUGAUGUAUUUAAUAUACCUUGGCUGUUAUUUGGCCUAAUAAAUUUUUGCACAAAGAA